ACCUUUGUUUCCCCUCAAACCCAUAAGCCAACGACCUUUCUCUUAUCUCUCAAUCUAAAGAAAGAAAAAGGAAAAAGAAAGAAAGAAAGAAAGAAAGAAAGAAAUGUCGUUGAGUAGCGAAAUUGAAAGCCUAUGGGUUUUCGCUUUGGCUUCCAAAUGCUCAGCUCUCCCUAAACAAAACAUCCUUUUCUCUUUACUUCUUCUUCUCCUAAUUUGGUUUCUCCUUUCCAUUUUCUAUUGGGCCCAUCCUGGCGGCCCAGCUUGGGGACGCCGUCGCCGCCGCCGCCUCCACCGCCACUGCCCCUCCACCAUCCCUGGCCCAAGAGGGCUUCCCGUGAUCGGCAGUAUGAGGUUGAUGACGGGCCUGUCCCACCAAAAAAUCGCCUCUAUGGCCAAAUCCCUAGGAGCUACUCGUUUAAUGGCUUUCUCACUCGCCAACACUCGCGUGAUUGUCACAUGCCACCCAGACGUAGCCAAAGACAUCCUAAACAGUUCCGUGUUCGCUGACCGUCCGAUCAAAGAAUCAGCUUACUCUUUAAUGUUCAAUCGUGCCAUUGGAUUCGCUCCUUACGGAAUUUACUGGCGUACCCUCCGUCGUAUCGCUUCACACCAUCUCUUCUGCCCUAAACAAAUCAAAUCCUCUGAAUCACAACGCCGCCAAAUCGCCUCCCAAAUGGUCAAAAUCUUGUCUUCCAUUGCUACCUCAUCCUCUCUUCCCAUUCGUCAAACUCUUAAAACCGCUUCUUUGAAUAACAUCAUGGGUUCGGUUUUCGGCCGGUUUUAUAAUCUCUCUGAUUCAAACCCCGAAGUCCAACUCCUACAAACCCUUGUCGAUGAAGGAUAUGAUUUAUUAGGCCUUCUUAAUUGGUCCGACCAUCUUCCCUUUUUGGCUGAUUUCGACCCGCAAAAUAUCCGGUUCAGAUGCUCCCGGUUGGUCCCGCAAGUGAACCGCUUCGUAACCCGGAUCAUCAACGAACACCGUCAAAAAUCAAACCCAGAAAUCAUGGAUUUCGUCGAUGUUCUUCUCUCUCUUCAACAAAACGACAACCUUGCCGACUCCGAUAUCAUCUCCGUUCUUUGGGAAAUGAUAUUUAGAGGGACGGACACGGUGGCGGUUUUGAUAGAGUGGAUUUUAGCAAGGAUGGUGGUUCAUAAGGAAGAGCAAGAAAAAGUACAAGAGGAAUUAGAUAACGUGGUUGGGAAAUCACGUGCCGUUAUGGAAUCCGACAUUCCGUCGUUGGUUUAUUUAACGGCAGUAAUUAAGGAAGUCCUAAGGUUGCAUCCACCCGGCCCACUUCUGUCUUGGGCUCGCCUUGCUAUUACGGAUACAAUCGUCGAUGGUCAUCACGUGCCUCGUGGGACCACUGCUAUGGUUAACAUGUGGUCGAUAGCGCGGGACCCACAGAUCUGGUCGGACCCACUUGAAUUUAAGCCCGACAGGUUUGUCUCCGGUGGUGGUGCUGACGUGGAGUUUUCGAUUAUGGGUUCCGAUCUUCGACUUGCUCCAUUUGGGUCGGGUCGGAGGACUUGUCCUGGGAAGGCACUUGCUUGGACAACUGUCACUUUCUGGGUGGCUACACUUUUACAUGAAUUUAAAUGGUUGCCUUCUCCUGAUCAAAACGACGCCGUUGAUUUCUCUGAAGUUCUUAAGCUCUCUUGUGAGAUGGCCAAUCCACUCAAGGUUAAAUUAUGUCCAAGGCGCAUUUAAAUAAAUUUAAAUAAAUAAUCUUAAUUAUAAUAAUAUUAAUAUAUAUAUAAAAUAUAUAUGGUUGGGUUUAAAAAGGAAAAAGAAGAAGGAAAAACAAAAACCCACCACAUGAUAAUGUUUGGCUUCUAGGACUGUGUUCCUCGUACAUUUUACAUCAAGGUCUUAUUUUCUCCUUUUUUUUUAUGUGUAAAUAUUAAUGGAAUGGAAUUUGACUUAUUGCAUACAA